ACCCUUACGGUGUGAGGGAGGGUACAUACUGGACAAAUUAUAUUUGUGUCAGUGACAAAAGAAAAGAAUUAGUACAUAAAAGAAAAGAAAAAAAAGGGUACAGACAACAUUUUCUCAUCAUAAAUGCUAACAUUUUCCUCUUUCACGUUUUUUCCAUCAGUACUAUAAACAACAAAAACUGUGACUAUUUCCUGCAUCGAUCUGAAAUUGAUGGAGUUCAGUAAGAUAUCGCUGGAGAUUUUCUCGAAGUUGGAGCAGAAAUGGUUGUAUCACUACGAAGGGAAGAAAACUCGUGUUCUCAGUAUUGAUGGUGGUGGAACUACCGGCAUUGUUUCCGGUGCUGCAUUGAUCCAUUUAGAAAACCAGAUCGGUGCUAAAACUGGUGAUCCUCACGUAAGAAUUUCAGAUUUGUUCGACAUUAUCGUCGGUACUGGUAUAGGUGCUAUUUACGCAGCAAUGCUUGUUGUGUAUGGAGGAGAUGGGCGUCCUUUAUUCACGGCAAAGGAUGCCGUGAAGUUCGUAACGGAGAAUCAGUGCCGGCUUUUUAAAGCGAAGAACGUCGGCUUUCUCCGUCGGAAAAAGAGGUUUUCCGGGAAGAGUAUGGAUAAGGUAUUGAAGGAAGUGUUUAGGAGAGAAGACGGAAAAGUUUUGACGUUAAGGGACACGUGUAAGCCUCUGCUUGUUCCGUGCUUUGACCUUAACAGUUCUGCGCCGUUCGUCUUCUCGAGAGCUGAUGCUAUUGAGUCACUCAGUUUCGAUUUUGAUCUCUGGAAAGUAUGUCGUGCCACGUCAUCGAAUCCGUCGAUGUUUAAGCCGUUUAAUCUCAAGUCCGUUGACGGAAAAACCUCGUGCCUCGCCGUUGACGGCGGUUUAGUUAUGAAUAACCCCACUGCUGCAGCCGUUACUCAUGUUUUGCAUAAUAAACGGGAUUUUCCUUCCGUUAACGGCGUCGAUGACCUGUUGAUUUUAUCUCUAGGUAACGGACCGUUAAGCUCACCGACAAACGUGAAACUGCGAAAUGAUGGCUAUUGGUCUCCGUUAUCCGUGGUCGGAAUUGUCUUCGACGGUGUUUCUGAAACUGUUGACCAGAUGCUCGGUAACGCCUUCUGCUGGAACCCCAAAGACUACGUUAGAGUUCAGGCGACCGGUUAUGCAAGUGGAGGAGUGGGACCGGGAAUUGAGGAAACGUUGAGAGAAAGGGGAGUGGAGUCAUUGCCAUUUGGCGGUAAGCGGUUACUAACGGAGACUAACGGACAAAGAAUCGGCAGUUUGGUGCAACGUCUUGUUGCUACUGGAAGAACUAGUGCGCCACCAAGUCCAUGCAAAGAUGCUGCCGUUAGUCCUCUUAGAAACGGACGUUAAGUCAAUUUUCCUUUAGGGGGUGUUUCAUAAAAGUAAAAAAAAUAUUUUGCAAAAAACUCUUUCAACCUUAAUUUAAAAUUAAAAUGUUCGUACAAUUUUCAAAAUUAACUAUUCAGCCUCUAAAACUCUAUCACCUGACACCAUCCCUACCCUCACCCUGCCCACCUCCUACCCUUACCCCCACCCUCACCCACUCAAAAUUUAAUUAUUUUAAAAAAUAUUUCAAAUUUUUUUCUCAAUCUAUCCCCUAUUUUCAUCCCACCCCUACUCUUAUCGGCCCUUCUUUCAAAAAUAAUAUCUAUAUUUUAUUAAAAAUUUUAAAUUUCUCUUACUCCACACCCCUACCCUCCCUCCCCCUCUUACCACCCCCUCUCCCACCCCACCCCCAACCUAAAAAAAAAUAAAUAAAUUUAUUUUUAAAAAAUUUUCAAUUUUUUUCUUCCCCUCACUCCCCUACCCUAUCCCCCAACUCCAACCAACCACCUUCCCCCAGGCCAAUUUUUUUAAUCUUUUUUUUUUUUAAAUUUAAAAUUCUUUCUUACCCCACCCUUGCUGCCUAUUCUGACACGACCACCCACUUGCCUACCAAUCCCUUUUCCAGAAAAGGAUUUAAUUUUUUUAAAAAAAGAUUAUAAAAUAUAUUUUUAUACUUUAACUAAACAGUAAAAUAUAUUUUAAAAAAAAUAUUUUUUCAUUUCCAAUCAACUACUAGAAAAUAUUUUUCAAAAAAUAUUUUUCAUCGACCAACCGAACAUAAUAUUUUCCUACCUACCAAACACACCCUUAGCUUUUACUUUCUGUCCAUUUUGUACUACUAAUACUUUUUUUCGGUUUAUGACUUUUUAACCGUCUCAAUGCUGGAGUUAAAUAAUAGUCUGUUUAAUAGUAUUUGUACUAGUACUACUAGUAGUACCAAUCAAUAUAUGUUUAGAUCUAAUGUUUUGGAACUAAAUGACUUUGUUUUAAA